AUGGCUGCAGCCCUCUUCCAAAGUUCCUGCAUCACCUUUCUAAGCGGCGACAUCACGCUUAAAAAAAUGGGUCUACACGAGACAGACUGGCGCCAACUCAAGAAAUCCGUUCAGGUCAUCAUCCACGCUGCAUCACCAAUUAGCCUCACAAGCUCACUCCAAAACCUGGCAACAUCAAUCAUCGCCCCAAGCAUAUCACUAGCAGAAACGGCCAUGGAAUUUGAAGACCUACAAAACUUCAUCUACAUAUCCAGCGCCUACGCAAACGCCCACCUAUGGAAAACAAGCAACCUAUCCAACGUCCCCGUCAAAGAAAGCAUCUACUCCCUAGGCCCACACGGCUCAGUCUACGAUUCCCAGAGCCUAUCCUCGUGGGCCGGAUUUGGACCCCAAACUGAGAACGAAUGGCGCAGCGUCCUAGAAACAGGCACCAGUAUCGAAUUCGACUACAACGAUUUUCCAUGGCCAUACGCUUACGCCAAACAUCUUACUGAACGCCUUCUCAUAAAUGCUUUCAUGCAGAAUGAAACUAGCGAGAAGCUUCUUAUCGUACGUCCCUCGUUACUCGGGCCGGCGAUCAGUCAACCUUAUCCAGGGUACUCGAGUUCGACAUCUACUACAUCAACGGAAUUGGCGGCUGCUAUUUUGUUAUACGCGGGGAAACACAUAAAAAUUCCUACUCGAAGCGCGGACCCUGAAAACGAAGUAACAAUGGACGAAAUACCUGUUGAUGUUGUUGUCGAUCGACUUCUCGCACAUGCUGCCAAGGGCACGUAUGGAUGUGUACAUGCUGUUGCGGGUAAGAGGGCACGGUUAUCAUUUGCGGAUUGGUGGGUGGCAGUUAUGAAAGAGCGUCGUCUCUGGCUUGUAAAGCCAGAAUGGACAUCUUUGGAUUGGCAUUCUCCGAAAUUACAUCCAAUCGCUAGAUUGCAUGUUACGCUUGGGACUUCUUUUGAGUUUGAAGAUAAUCAGGCGACGAAGCUUCUUGGUAAGCUUAAUCCGCAUGAGAAACUUCAUUUGAAAUUGUUUGCGGAUGAGCUGGAUGAAAAUCGGCCUUAUGAUUUUAAGAUCCGACGGCAUCGAAUUCGGGAGAUGGGAAUGGCUAUUGCUAAGAAGAAGCAUUUGCCGCUUUGUUGGGUUAAAUUGUGUUGUCGGCCAGGGAAGUCGGAGAAGGAUGUUUCUUGCAACUCGCAGCAUAGUAUGCAUGAAUAUGGGAGUUCGAUGGAUGUGGUUUCUAAGGAGGUUUAG